CUACCACACUCUCCACAAAGCAUCGCCGGUCUUGGAAUUUUUAUCUCACGAGCAGCAGCCAUGGCCGCCGCGCCGGAGGCCGAGGGUCUCUUCGGUGACCCCGAGCCCUUCUCCCCGUCCAUCUUCCUCGACCUGCCCCCGACGCCCCGCCCCGAUGGCAACGACGAAGUCCCGGCCUCGUCGGACGACCUCGUCCUCCCCUUCAUCACGCGGAUCCUCAUGGAGGAGGACAUCAACGACCAAUUCUUCUACCAGUUCCCCGACCACCCCGUGCUCCUCCGAGCCCAGGAACCGUACGCGCAGAUCCUCUCUGAGCCAGCUACAGCUCGCGCCGCCUCGGGGUCCCCCGCCACCGUCUCGCCGUCCUCCGACGAGGACCCUGUCCAGCCCCUCCUGUCCCCGCCGUACCCCGAUACGGGACUGCGUGACAUCAACGACGACGGUGUCGGCGCCAGCCCGGGGUUCGAGCAGAGUGAUCCGGGGAAAUUGAGGACCGCAGCCUUGGGAUUGCCCACCGGUGACGGUGACCGCGCGGCGCUGGCCCCGGUAUUCUUCAACAGCGGAGACGCGGACGCGGAGAUGCUCAACAAGGCAUUCCUCAAGGGUAUGGAGGAGGCCAAGAAGUUCUUGCCCACCACCAGCAGCAGCCUUCUAAUCUACCCACCUGGGGCAGAGGAGGAGUUGGGCAUUAAUGGCAGGGGCCGCAAGGACAGGGACAGGCUCGGUUGGGAUGACUUGGAGGCUGAGACGUUCAGGAAGAGCAAGCUGAUGGUUCCCGAGCCCGAGGAAACUGACGAGAUGGUCGAUCAAAUGAUCUUCAACGGACUCGAAAUGUGCCUCAGAGAAAUGAAGGCCCUGCGGAUCAGUAUGGGCAGCGGCGAGGCUAAGAAGAACAGCAGGAAGGGCAAACAGGGAAGGAGGUCGAGCGCCGACGAGGCGGUGGAGCUGAGCACCUUGCUCGUCCACUGCGCACAGGCUGUGGCCACCGACAACCGGCGGAGCGCGACCGAGCUGCUGCGACAGAUCAAGCAGCAGUCGUCACCCAAGGGCGACGCCACGCAGAGGUUGGCACACUGUUUCGCAGAGGGACUGGAGGCGCGGCUGGCAGGGUCGGGGAGCCAGCUCUACCGGUCUCUCAUGGCCGAGCGAAUCCCGGCCAUGGAGUACCUCAGGGCCUACUGGCUGUACCUGGCAGCGUGCUGCUUCAAGAUGACGGCGUUCAGUUUCUCCAACAAGACCAUCUUGAAGGCCAUCGCCGGGAGGAGAAAGGUUCACAUCGUGGACUACGGCAUAGACUACGGGGUUCAGUGGCCAAGCUUGCUCGGCCGUGUGGCGACCAUGGACAUGGAGGGCGGGCCGCCAGAGGUGAGGAUCACCGGCAUCGAUCUCCCCCAGCCCGGCUUCCGCCCAGCCGCGCGGAUCGACGAGACCGGGCGGCGGCUCAGCGACUACGCUCGCCAGAUCGGCGUGCCGUUCAAGUUCCGCGGCAUCACGGCGAGGUGGGACGCGGUCGGUGCCGACGACCUCAGCAUCGACCCCGACGAGGUGCUCAUCGUCAACAGCAUCGUCCGGUUCGGAAACCUGAUGGACGAGGGGGCCGACAUAGACAGCCCGAGCGCUAGAGACGUCGUCCUCGGAGCCAUCCGCGAGGCACGGCCUGACGCGUUCAUCCUCCACGUCAUGAACGUGUCCUACGGCGCCCCGUUCUUCGUGACGCGGUUCCGGGAGGCGCUCUUCUUCUACUCCGCCAUGUUCGACAUGCUGGACGCCACGGCUCCGCGCGACAGCCGGCAGCGCUUCAUGGUCGAGCGCGGAUUCUUCAGGCAGUGCGCCCUGAACGUCGUCGCCUGCGAGGGCGUGGACAGGGUGGAGCGCCCUGAGACGUACAGGCAGUGGCAGGCGCGGAACCGGCGGGCGGGGCUCAGGCAGCUUCCGCUGGAUCCGGACACCGUGAGGGCGUUGAGGGAGAAGGUGAGGGAGCAGUAUCACAGGGACUUUGUCAUCGAUACGGAUCGUGAUUGGCUCCUGGAAGGAUGGAAGGGACGCAUACUCUACGCCAUGUCGACAUGGGUUGCAGAUGACGAUGCUGUCUCAGAACAUCACCACACAUACACAUACUAGAUAGUAUACUACGGAGAUAGAUAUAUGCCUAUGUGGUAUGGUAUGUCGCUCAGCACCCUUCAUCUAGAUGAUGUCUUCUAAUGAUGUAAUACUCCUACACUAGUAGAUGCUGCAUAGGAUCUGAGAUUAGCUUUCCUGUGG